UGUAUCGUGGGUUACUGUGAGUUUAUGUAGAUUUAGUAGUGUUUUUGGAAAUUAGGUAUUUGUAAUUAUCCUUCCGCUGAAAGAGUUUAUUACAUGGUUAUUUGUUUCGACUGGAAGAUAUUACUUGUGUUUCGUGCAAGUGAAUUGUUUUAGAAAUCAAGUUGGGAGGAAAAAAGAAAGAAAAAUAUUGUUUGUUUUUCUAAAUGAAACAUAUACAUAAGUAGAAAGCGCAUUUGUUCCAUCAAUUUUCCUUUUGCUGUACCGAAAUACCGUAAUUGUCAUGAAUCUUUUAAGUAAAAUGUGUUCAGUUUUACCCCUAAAACUGGAAUUUAAAAUGUAUAACUGACUUUGAGUACUGGAUAAUUAUUUCCCUAUGUAAGUCGCAAUAUAUGAAGUACAGAGUUUCGUAAGAAAAUAUGAAGCUCUGUGUUUCAAAAACAGUUUAACAAUUAUUAGAUUACUUUCAUAUAAAAAUUUGAGAUCAAAAUGGAAUCAUUAGCCGAGAAAGAAUGCAGUGCAUUAGGAGGCUUGUUUCAGUUCAUUAUCAGUGACCUUAAGGUUGCAACUCCAUUCUGGGAGGAUUUGCUUGGGAAAACAACAAAGCUGCACACUCAUUUGAAGGCUACAAUUUUAGCUUUGACAGCAUUUCUUGAUUCUUUCCAAAAAAUAGCUGAUAUGGCUACCAAUGCUCGAGGUGCAACAAAGGACAUUGGCUCAGCUCUUACAAGAUUAUGUCUUAGGCAUAGGAGUGUUGAAGCGAAACUCAAGACAUUUUGCAGUGCUCUGGUGGACCACUUAGUGAUUCCAAUGCAAGAAAAAUUGGAAGAUUGGAAAAAAAUUGCCUGUCAAAUGGACAAAGAUCAUGCCAAAGAAUACAAGCGUGUAAGACAAGAUAUAAAGAAAAAGUCAUCUGACACAUUACGUCUGCAGAAAAAAGUUCGGAAAGCUCCAAAAGGUAAUGCGAAAAAGACUUUAGAUAGUGCUAUUCGUGAUGUGAAUAGUAAAUAUCAUCUCUUGGAAGAAACAGAGAAACAAGCUUUGAGGAGAGCCCUCAUUGAAGAACGCUCCAGAUACUGUCACUUUGUCAACUGUCUGCGACCUGUAGUUGAAUAUGAACUGUCAACAAUGUAUGAAGUAAGUCAUAUUCAGGAAGUACUGGAUGCUUUAGCAAAAUUAACUGAAGAUCCCCAAAUUUUGCCACCUGCCAGUGAACAAGUCAUUCAAGAUGUAAAAAGCUCUGAAACAGGCUGGUCCUUUCGU